GCUAUAUAUACACACAUGUUAUUGUUUUAAUUCACAUUCUUGUUGUGUAUUAUAACAUACAGUUGGGACAGUUUAAUAAACAUGGCAAAAAUACAUGUAACACUUUUGCUACUGAUUAUCGGUCCAGCAUCGGUUCUUGGCUUUUUCUGGAACUCCUGGAAAGGAAAUAUCUGUAGAUCUCAGAGCGACUGUUCGAGGGAUCAGUGCUGUGUGAGCAGACUUUCAUGGUUGAAAUAUGGAAUCUGUCAGAAAAGAAAGAGGGUAGAAGCAAGUUGCCACAACCCACGAAAAACGGGUUUCCACCACGUGUGGUGUCCUGGACCUGCUGGUAUAAUUCAUCCUGACCUCUGUCCGUGUGGGUGUGGAGACUUCUGUGCCAUGGGUCCUAAUCCAAAACGUGAUUCACAUGGAGGAUAUAUUGGAACCUGUGCGUUUGGAUAAAGACAGAGCAAGGAUGCUUGCUGUUUAACGAGAAAUCGUCAUGCUUGCUGUCACAACCCCAAACGCACUGGAUUCCACCACGUGUGGUGUCCUGGACCUGCUGGUAUAAUUCAACCUGACCUCUGUCCGUGUGGAUGUGGAGAUUUCUGUGCCAUGGGUCCUAAUCCAAGACGUGAUUCACAUGGAGGAUAUAUUAGUAAACGUUUUACAUCUGUUUUUCAAAUUGAGAAAUGCGACAAUUUCAUAACAGCAUUUAUAAUGUGAUCAUGUUUAUAAGAUUGUUUUAUACUAAAUGCAUUUAAUAAGGUUAAAUUCAGCGAGGUCCAUUACAGUAACGCGGAAUGAUGUCAAUAUCAUAGUCGAGAUAGUCGCAAACCUGCAGCUACUAUGGUAAAUCCAGUGACGUCAGAAGUGUGCUUAACAGUUUUCGAUGUAUUAUCAUAGCCCAGUCUUUAAAGAUAAAGUGGGGAAAUACGAUAUUUAUGUAACCGUUUAUUGUAGACCAUAUGGGAAAUAAAUUGUUUUAUACCCCUCGCUAUCGAUCGGGUAAUAAUCAAUUCCCAUAAAUUGUGUACGGCAUUCCUGCUCAUGCAAUACUAUAUAUAUAUAUAUAUAUAUAUAUAUAUGUAUAUAUAUAUAUAUACACGUGUGUGUGUGUGUGAGUGAGCGAGUGAGCGAGUGAGCGAGUGAGUGAGUGUGUGUGUGUGUGUGUGUGUGUGUGUGUGUGUGUGUGUUUAUUUAUUAUUACCCAAAUAGUCUACAAUAAACGGCUACAUAAAUGUUGUAUUUUUGCCACUCUAUCGUUAUGGCAUGGGCUAUAAUAAUACAUCAAAAACUGUUAUAAUAUACUUCUGACGUCAUUAUAAUUACUAGUAGCUGCAAUUAAGGCAAAGUCAAAAACGUAUACUAGCAGAUUAUGACUUUUGACGCAUGCGACGUCACAUCCAUAGAUGCAUUACAAAAUCGCUCAUUUGUUUUCUAGAUCAUUGUACAAUGUAGCUGAUAUAACAGACAUAAUAGCUGUACUCCGUUUACCUAUUUAACAUUUUGUUUGGCAGUCGGACGAAAAUAAUAAUUUAAUAAGUAUCUAAAGAAGACAUUGGACACAUUAUAAUUAUUGCAAAGUUAAAUAGUAUAUAAGUCUGUAUUGGGAGACAAUGUGUGACAAUGCUAUACCUCAGGACUUGUCAGUAUCAACUAAAUUUAUAUUGUUAUAAUUAUUUACAGGAAUCUGUGCGUUUGGUUAAAGACAGAGCAAAGAUGUUUGUUGCUUUAGGAGAAAUCGUUGUGAUUGUAUUAUAUGUGCAAAUAAAUGUUGUAAUAGAA